GCCUGCGCCGCCUGACGGGCGGGGCUUGAUCCAAGGUUCGAACGGUGGCGGGAUGGCGGCUCGGGGCGCUCUGCUCCGCCAGUGUCCGCUGCUGCUGCCUCAGAACAUGGAGGGCACGGCCUACGAGGGCUUCGUCAGCGCGCAGGGUAGAGACUUCCACAUCCGGAUACUGUUACCAGCAGCUUCUCAACUGAAAAAUGCCAGGAUAGAGUGUAGCUGGCACCUAAAGAAGAUACUGCAUGGAUAUCGGCAUAUUGUGAAACAGAGGUUGCACAGUUGUCCAGAUCUUGUCAGUUUUGUGGUGGAGCUGAAAACUAUUUUGGAAAUUGCUUUGAAGAAUACGCCAGAGCUGCAUGUGCCGUGGCCACCAGAAUACUACUCCUGUCUUGUCAAAGAUCUAGAAACACUGGGUUGGAAUAAAGUUGCGUACGUGGAUACUGCUCUCACCACAAUCAAGCUAAAAGCCGAGGACUCUCGUGAUCGACAACACCUGAUCACUCUGAAGCUAAGCGCGAAGUAUCCUACUGAACCACCAGACUGCACUGUGGAUUUUCCUGUUCAGUUUGCCAUUUCUUGGAUGCCACAGGACUCCUUAGUAGACAUCCAUAAGCAGUUCCUUGUGGCAUUAGAAUCGCUGAAAGAGUUCUGGGACACCAUGGAUGAAAUCGAUGAGAAGACGUGGGUACUGGAGCCAGAAAAUCCUGCACGGUGUGCUACUUCAAGAAGGAUUGCCAUAGGGAACAACGUUUCUGUGAACAUAGAAGUAGAUCCCAGGCAUCCAAAGAUGCUCCCCGAGUGUUACUUCCUUGGAGCAGAUCACGUGGUUAACCCUUUGAGAACUAAGCUGAACAACAACAUGCACUUGUGGGAUCCAGAAAUUAGUUUAUUACAAAACUUGAGAGACCUCUUAGAAAUUGAUUUUCCAUCUCGUGCCGCGUUAGAAAAAAGUGAUUUUACUAAGGACUGUGGGAUCUGCUAUGCCUAUCGUCUCAAUGGCGCCACUCCAGACCAAGUGUGCGACGAGCCCCGAUGCGGACAGCCUUUUCAUCAGGCUUGCCUGUAUGAGUGGCUACAAGGUCUUCCUUCCAGCAGACAGAGCUUUAAUGUUAUCUUCGGUGAAUGUCCAUAUUGUAACAAGCCACUGACACUGAAAUCCUCCAUGAAGAAACCUUGAGGAAAGCACCACGAUAGCAAUGCCGACGCACUGAUAUUGAAGACAACAAAACAGUGACAUCAAAGAAAAUACAAGGAAAAUGCUAUCAGAAACAAAAGCACGAGUACAGCUAUGCUGUAGUGGUAUCUUUCUUCAGUAAAAGCAAGCCUAAAUAUAGUGGAUAUGGAAAGACUGGGUUCUUGCAAAGACAGUGGAUGACCUCCAGUUAAAAGCUGAUCUGGUUUCUUUUUGGAUUCUGAGACGGAUGUCUGGGGGCUGAAUGGUGGCAAUUCUCUUCCUGCGUCGUUCUGCAGGGGAGAAAAACAACAACAGCAAAACAAAAUGGUUAUAACGAUCUCAGUGUUUAGAUUUGCAAGUGAGAUUCAAAGCGUUAAACAAAAUCAACAAGCAGCCGACAAGCAAAGAAAGGUACCUAAGGAAUGGAAGUUAUCCGAGAGAAAGCAACGCUGUUCUGACUGAAUCUUAACUCCUGGAUUUGCAGAUGUUCAUUAAGCGCAUAACUACAGCUUUGAUUAAGCACCCUUUAAAGACUUUUGUCUGUUCCUGAAGUGAACAGCUAAAAUUCUUGCUUAUCUGCAACUAUUUUCCCCAAAUGUUAAUAUAUUGUGAAUAAAGCCUGGAAACCUGGAAGAUAAUCUGAA